AUGGAUCCUCGUUUCACCGUCAACCGUGACGAGUUCCAUAAUGUGCAGAUGGACUUGAAACAGCUCCAUCUAAGCCAGAGUGCCCUUUCCGAGCGGUUGCAGCGCCUUGAAAAGCGUCAGUAUGAGGAAUCUACCACUAAGUCCAUCUGGGGAGCCAAUUCGCCGUUUCCCAGUGCUCUGAGCGGUACUCCUCUUCAUGGGCCCAUCCAUAUGCCACCGAAUGAUGACUUUGACGACUUUGACGCCCAGAGCCAGAACCUCCUGGGCUCAUUGCACUUGGAACCCGAGGAUGAACCCAUCCGGCGCGGUGCCGCAUCGAGAGCUAAUAGUGUCCGCUUCGAUGAAGCAGCUUUGCAAGGCGUAAGCUCUGCACACCGACAAUCCGGAGAUUUCGGGCCAAUCCGCCCGGGCAGUGGAUUUGGCAUGAUGGAGCGCUCCCUCUCACACAAGUCAGAUGGCAGACACAGCUCUGCUGGCCAUUCUGUGCACUCGGUUCACUCUCUGGCCUCCAGAGGCAGUAGCUUGGGUCUCGACACUCAUUUCCUGGUGGGCAGUCAUGAAGAUGACUCCCCGUUGGACAUCCCAGAGCCACCCCCGAGCCUUUUUGUGCUUGGAUCUGUACCGGCCAUUAUCCGAUGCUGGCUCACAAACAACUUUGCCCACGGGGCACUCUUGUACGCCGCAGUAUGUUCGGGAUCGCAGAAGUCUACCUUGGAUUAUUCCCUGGUGAAGGAACUGGAACUGGAGCACGAGAUGCACCGAGAUCUAGAUGGCACGCAUCGCGUCCGGCUCCCAGUGUACCUGGCAGAGGCUAUUGUCGCACAUUCGCAUUCAAGGUCCCCAAAUUUGAUGCCCCAGAUUCCGAGUAUGACUGCCAAUUUUGAAGUCAUGGGCUUCGAUCAGACCGAAAAUGCCGGCGCCAAGUCGAGCAUCCACAUAUUCAUUGGGAGCGAUACCCUGCGGGCUCAUAGUGCGGACCUGCUCUUCUCUCAGAAUACCAUGAAUCUGUAUGGGAACGACAGAGACAAGCUGACUGUUCCGUUUGUUCGACCGGAGGACGAUGCUCUCUUCAAGAACCUGACCACCUCGAAUAUUGUACGACAGAAGCCGAAGCUCAAUGGUUCCGCGCCUGAGUUUGUGUCCAGCGAUGCCAAGUCUUUCCCGGAACCAACUGAGAUGGCGCUGAACCGACACUCGCCGAGACACGAAGAAGACGAAGCUGAACAGCAGGAGCCGGCGCCGUUGACGGGCGAGGACCGGCCGGAGCCAUCCGUCAAGUGGUCCACCAACAUCUCCGAGAGCGGAGGGGAAAGCGAGAAGCCGCCCAGGCACUCCAUCAGCUCCGAGCAGUCGACCCGGGAGGCCCCGCCCGCGGGUGCUGUCGAGAGCGCGCGGCGCGACUCCUCCAUCUGGAGCUCGUGGCGGCAGGGCACUUCGGCCAGCGGUAGCGACGGCGGCCAGCGCGAGAGCGGGCCGCUGAGCGGGUACCAGCCCGCCGCCCGCAGCCGCAACAUGAAGGUGCUCAAGCCUCAGAAGUCGGGCAGCUCCAUGUCGGCCCGGACCGGGGCGGCUUACGAGCCGGCGCCGGCGCCUCGUACGAGCGGCGAGCACCGACGCAAGACUCCGGGUGGCGGUGGCGGCGAGCGAGACAACGGCGGCGGCGGCGGCGGCGGGUCCAGCUUCAUCCGCUGGGAUUCGAAGCGCAGCGUGAGCAGCAGUGUUCUGUCGUCGUCGGGCAGCGGAGGGGGCAGGGACAAGACGCAAGCGUCGAACAACGGCGAUCCUCGGGGCGCACCGCCGCGGGCAGCGAACCCGGUAGGCGGCGCCUCGGCCUUCUCGUGGAUGAACCCGUCCAAGUCCAAGGCGUCGGCCGCGUCGGCGGAGUGA